AAGGGAAGCAAUGGAAAUUAGAAAUGAUGCAUUUGAGAAGAAGGUUGAGUGGGCAUUACAAGCUAGAAGAGCACUUGGGCAGAGGCCACUUCCAGUAUUCAUAGCAGGUAAUAAGGUGAACCUUGCACUCUUGCUAGACAAGGUGAAAGAGUCAGGUGGGUACUCUAAAACUAGUGGGUCUAGAAAGUGGGGGGAUGUGGCAGCCUCAAUAGGGUUGCCACCACAUUGUGGGCCUAGUGUCAAGUUAGUCUAUCUGAAGUACCUCAAGGCUUUUGAGAGUGGCAGGGUCUUUGGUGCUGGUGCUACAUCUGCAAAUGUCACCAAAGCCAGUGUUGAUCCAAAUGAAAAGCCUUCAAUCCACUCUCAUGUCAAAGAGGCCCUAAAGCCUCCAAUUCACUCUCAUGUCAAAGAGGCCCUGGCCCAUUUGAGGAAGCUGGCUCUGGAUCCAGGAAAUGCAGCCCUCCGUGAAGGGGACAGUGGGAAAUUCCAAGCUACAAUCAGGGCAUUCUUGGGUCGCCUCCAGAGGCAAGACAACCACCAAAAGAGAUACGAUAACACUAGAGCACGACGACCUUCCAAGUAUAGCCUUCGCUCUCUCACACCUCGACCCAAACCUCAGCCUCCAAGUUCCUCGGAGCCUGAGAGCGUUCCAAUCGGACCAAGCUUUCAAGCCAAAGUUCCCUCCACCGUGGCUCUCCAUGCCGACGACGAUGACUCAAAGCUCUUUCUAGGAAGAGUGGUCUGGUCCAAAAGGGUGGCGAGAAACCGAAGCCAUACCGCUAGUACGUGCUUCAGCGCGGACGAUAGCGCGGAAGACUCUGUGAAGCUACACGUCAACGAGCAACGCAGGAAGCUCAAGCUGGAGCUGGGAGAGGACGUCUUCCGCGAGUGGGGGUUUCACUCAAUGGGGGAGAGCUUAAUCAAGUCGGCCAAGUGGAGCAGGCAAGAGCAAGCUGAGUUUGCGGCGAUCGUGAGAAGCUGCCGCGGGGACAAGGAGGAGAAGCUUUGGCCGGACCUCCAAGCUUCCUUCGCGGGAAGGAGGAGCCGGGAGGAGCUGGUAAGCUACUACUUUAACGUCUACGUGCUGAGAAAGAGAGCUCUCCAAAACAGAAGCUACGCACCUGACAGUGAGAAGUUUGAUACUGACGAGGAGGACGACGACUUACCAGGCUUGAUGAUCUGACUUGAUGACAGCUUCUUCACUUCAGGCAUGUUUUUGGACUCGCGCUCCUUGAAGCGAUUCUCAGACUUAUCUAAGAGGUGAAGCCAACAUCCAACCAGUGUCAUCAGGAAAAAUGGCGG